AAUCGAACGCACAAAAAGCAAUGUCAGUCGCUGGGUGGGUCGCGGUUAGAAAACCCCGGCGAAUUACGCCGGCCACGCGUUACUUCGAUUAACUAACAUGUUCUAUAGUGAUUAACAUUACAAUAAUAACGAAUAUUAGUGAGUAGUAAAGACCCUUUUGAUAAUAAAAUAGUGAUGUGCUAAUUGAAAAGUGGACCCGCGUGAAUUCUCAUUUAACAUUUGGGAACAACACUGCAAAAAUUGUCGAUGCCCUUGCGUCCUAUAAUUAGUUAUAUUUAUGUAAUACCUUAUUACAUGCUUACAUAGAUUCUCCUUUGGAUUCAUUAAAUAAAGAUGUCGCGGAGGAGGUUGUUGCUUGGCGGCGCGGCGGGCGUCACCAGCGCUGUCAUGGCGGCUUGGGCCCUCGCAGCCGACGACUCCCCAGUCGAGUGGUACAAACCGGCGACGGUAUCGGCGCGCACUGAGCGGCGCAAGAGGCCGCUGCCGUCGCGCGCAGAACAAGUCAACAUGCUGCAAGCGGGGCACACGUAUGAUAUCCUCAUUAUUGGUGGCGGAGCUACUGGCGCUGGCUGCGCUCUAGAUGCGACAACCAGGGGUCUUCGUACCGCUUUGGUGGAGGCGGAUGAUUUCGCGAGUGGCACUUCCAGUCGCAGCACGAAGUUGAUCCACGGCGGUGUGCGAUACCUCCAGAAGGCCAUUAUGCAGCUUGAUUAUGACCAGUACAAGAUGGUCAAAGAAGCGCUGCACGAACGUGCUAAUAUGCUGGAAGUGGCACCCCACUUGACACGCCCCCUACCUAUCUUGUUACCUGUGUACAAGUGGUGGCAAGUCCCCUACUACUGGUUCGGAAUCAAGAUGUACGAUCUAGUUGCUGGCGACAGAAACGUAAAGAGCUCCUACUAUUUGUCGAAGAAGAACACACUCGAAUUAUUCCCUAUGUUGAAGUCGGAUAACCUUUGCGGUGGCAUAGUGUACUAUGAUGGGCAACAGGAUGACGCGCGUAUGAACUUGGCGAUAGCUUUGACAGCGGCACGUCAUGGUGCUACCAUCGCCAACCACGUCAGCGCCACUAAGCUGUACAAGACAGCUGGCAAAUUGAGCGGAGCUAGACUUAGGGACGAGAUGACCGGUAAGGAGUGGGAUAUAAAGGCGAAAUGUAUUAUUAACGCGACCGGACCCUUCACCGAUACCAUACGCAAGAUGGACGACGACACAGUCAAGGAGAUAUGCUGUCCCUCCUCAGGAGUUCAUAUUGUACUGCCGGGAUACUAUAGUCCCGAGCACAUGGGUCUCCUUGACCCGGCGACGUCCGACGGCCGCGUGAUCUUCUUCCUGCCGUGGCUGAAGGGCACCAUCGCGGGCACCACGGACCUGCCCUGCCAGGUCACACACAACCCCAAGCCCACUGAAGAUGAGAUCCUGUUCAUCCUCACCGAGGUCAAGAACUACCUCAAUCCUGAUGUUGAAGUGCGUCGCGGAGAUGUGCUGUCAGCGUGGUCGGGCAUCCGGCCGCUGGUGUCGGACCCCAACAAGCCGGACACGCAGUCGCUGGCGCGCAACCACGUGGUCCACGUCUCGCCCGGAGGUCUGGUCACCAUCGCCGGCGGCAAGUGGACCACGUACCGCGCCAUGGCUGCUGAGACUAUCGACGCUGCUAUUGAAAGUGCGAAGUUAAAGCCGCUGUACAAGGAAUGCCAGACGGACGGCUUCCUGAUUGAAGGCGCGCACGGCUGGACUCCGACAAUGUAUAUACGCCUUGUACAGGACUUCGGACUCGAGAUGGAGGUGGCGCAACAUUUGGCCAAGUCGUACGGAGACCGCGCAUUCGCCGUCGCCAAGAUGGCGGCCAUGACAGGCAAGCGGUGGCCCAUCAUCGGCAAGAAGGUUCACCCCGAGUUCCCUUACAUUGAUGCUGAAAUCAGGUACGGUGUGCGCGAGUACGCGUGCACCGCGGUGGACAUGAUAGCGCGGCGACUGCGCCUCGCCUUCCUCAACGUGCAGGCGGCGGUGGAGGCGCUGCCCGCCAUCGCAGACAUCAUGGCGGAGGAGCUUAAGUGGACAGACGCUGAGAAAAACAGACAAAUCAAAAUGGCUGGAGAGUUCUUAGCGAACGAGAUGGGUCAAAUGGUGAACCGCGCCAGCCGCGACAAGAUCCCCAUCAACCUCAGCAAGGAGGAGAUACAGACUUACAUCAAACGCUUCCAGAUCAUAGACAAGGAUCGCAAAGGAUUCGUCUCUAUUAACGACAUCAGGAGAAGUCUUAAGAGUAUGGGUGUGAAACCGACUGACGCUGAAAUAAGUUCGUUACUGUCGGAAAUAGAUUUGACUUACCACGGCCAGUUGGAGCUGCAGGACUACCUACAGAUGAUGUCCGCCAUCAAGUCUGGUCACGUGGCGUACUCUCGUUUCGCGCGCAUGGCAGAGAUGGAGGAGGCGCACCAGGAGAAGGAGUCGCUCAAGAAGAAGAUCACCGUGGAAAGGAGCGGUGGAGGCUUGUAAAACAAAUAUGCACUGCAACAUUUUAAGCAUAAAACAAGCUUAAUUCUUCUUGAGUAUUAUUUAUGAAAUGUAGAUUAAAUUAUUGUUUUCUCAUUUUAUUUAUUACGUAGAACGUACAUCAUCGUCCACAAAAAAUAUUUAAAAGAUAAUUAAUUAUGAGUUAUGUAAGCCAUUGUUUAUUGUUCAUGUUUUAUUUAUUCGAAUAUAAUUCGUCUGUAAGUUGAAAUUUGGAAUCUUAACGAUUUUUUAUGUAAUCAACGAAUCUGAUAUAAUGUAAUCACGUUUUGCAUAAUUUUACCCAUUCAAUUGCAAUGAAAUAAUGAUUGUUUACUUUUAACUUCGACUCACAUACAUAAAUCAUGUUUUUGUACUUAUGUAUAAGUUUACAUACACAUACGCUUAGCGUAAUAUACCCAAAAAUCGAUUUGACUCCAUGAAUUAUAUUUAUGUGUUCAUUGUGCAAUAAAUAUUUUGAAUCUUAAAAA